CUAGCCAUGUUGGCCGUCUGUGUGAGUGCGCAGUAUGGCCACCACUAUGAGCCCAAAGCCCAUUACGUGGAGGACUACUACGACCCUCACCCCAAGUACAAGUUCGAGUACGGCGUCCACGACCCUCACACUCACGACAUCAAGAACCAGAAGGAGGAGCGUGACGGGGACGUGGUGAAGGGAUUUUACGAGCUGGUGGAGCCGGACGGUUCCAAGCGCGUCGUCCACUAUACAGCUGAUCACCAUACUGGCUUUAACGCCGUCGUCCACAGGGAACACAACGUCCAUCCUCAACAUUACGCUCAGCCAAAAUAUGACUACAAACCCUCUUACACUUCACAAAACAACGUUAAAGUAACAUAUGGUGAUUUAAUAUCCAAUAUCCGCACUCAAUACUGUCUCAUUGCUCCAAUUCCACAGAGCCCAACAGGGAUGUUACUCGGACCUGUUACUCAGACUAUGAGCAACGGGAAGUUCCUUAACAUGUUUGAGCACUGUAGCCUCGACCGUGACCCGGCCUUCCACCAGACCAUCCCGACCGCCCGCCCGCCAAGAUCACGGCCGCCAAGUGGCGCUACCGUCUCGCCAACCACGCCCACGGUCAAGGUUAUCUCGUUGUGCCUGACAGUGCUAGCCGCCAGCUGCGUGGUGGCUCAGUAUGGCGGUGGCGGUGGUGGCGGCUACGAGAAGAAGUACGAGUACAGCUACAAGGAGGAACCGUACGACCCUCACCCUCAGUACAAGUUCGAGUAUGGUGUGCACGACGAGCACACGUACGACAUCAAGAGCCACAAGGAGGAGCGCGACGGGGACGUGGUGAAGGGAGUGUACGAGCUAGUGGAGCCCGACGGCAGCAAGAGGGUGGUAGAGUACACGGCCGACCACAAGAACGGUUUCAACGCUGUCGUCCACAGAGAGAAGAACGCCCAUCCGUACGAGUACAAAAAGUAUGAGGCACCCAAGUACGAGUACAAACCUCAGUAUGAGGCACCCAAGUACGAGUACAAACCCCUGUAUGAGGCACCCAAAUACGAGUACAAACCCCAAUAUGAGGCACCCAAGUACGAGUACAAACCCCAAUAUGAGGCACCCAAGUACGAAUACAAACCCCAGUAUGAGGCACCCAAGUACGAAUACAAACCCCUGUACAAGGCAUCAUCAUACGAGUACAAACCCACGUACGAGGCACCCAAGUUCGAAUACAAACCCAAAUAUGAGUACAAACCAAAGUACGAGGCACCCAAGUAUUCCUACUACGAGAAUGCCGUUGAAGGAGGAACCUAUUUCGUGCGGCGUAACCUAGGAGCAGCUAACGAGGACUGUGCGACGUUGCCAAACAUUUUUUCCUCUAUAACCGCAGCGCGCCAUGUCGUGUGGCAGUUGACGUGUUUUAUGGCAGCGUCGCGGGAGCCUACUCUUGUGCUAUGUACAAUGGUGGUACUUGCUGGCUACGCGGUGGCCCAGUACGGUGGUGACGGUGGCGGCGGCUACGAGAAGAAGUACGAGUACAGCUACAAGGAGGAACCGUACGACCCUCACCCUCAGUACAAGUACGAGUACGGUGUGCACGACGAGCACACGUACGACAUCAAGAGCCACAAGGAGGAGCGCGACGGGGACGUGGUGAAGGGAGUGUACGAGCUGGUGGAGCCCGACGGCAGCAAGAGGGUGGUAGAGUACACGGCCGACCACAAGAACGGUUUCAACGCUGUCGUUCACAGAGAGAAGAACGCCCAUCCGUACGAGUACAAAAAGUAUGAGGCACCCAAGUACGAGUACAAACCCAAGUAUGAGGCACCCAAGUACGAGUACAAACCCCAGUAUGAGGCACCCAAGUACGAGUACAAACCCCAGUAUGAGGCACCCAAGUACGAAUACAAACCCCAGUAUGAGGCACCUAAGUACGAAUACAAGCCCAAAUAUGAGUACAAACCUAAGUACGAGGCACCCAAAUAUGAAUUUAAACCAGUUUACGAAUCACCAAAGUAUUCAUACUAA